AUGCGGGACCCGCUGCGACAGCAGCAGCUGCUGCUGCAGUGCAUGCUCCAGCUGCUGCUGCUGCUGCUGCUGAAAUCAGGAGCAGCAGCAGCAGCAACAGCAGCAGCACCGACAGCAGCAGCAAAAGCAGCAGCAGCAGCAGCAAUAGCAGCAGCAACAGCAGCAGCAGCAGCAGCAGCAGCAGCAGCAGCACGAGGUUUACCUGUGUUUGCUGCGCAUACACAUCCCUCAUCUUCUGCAGCACAAUCGCUUGCUGCUGCUGCCGCGCAGCAGCAGCGCGAAUCUCUGCCCGCAACGAAUCCUGCAGCAGCAGCAGCAGCAGCAGCAGCAGCAGCAAUAGCAAGGCUUGGGCAUAGACAACGGCAGCAGCAGCAAGAGACGCUACAGAAGCAGCGAGAGCAGCAGCAGCAGCAGCAGCAGCAGCAGCAACACAAGCCCACCGCUUCUGCUUCUGCAGCAGCAGCACGGCAACAGCAGCAGAACGAGCAGCAGCAGCAGCAACAGCAGCAGCAGCAGCAACGGCAGCAGCAGCAGCAACAGCAGCAGCAGCAGCAACAGCAGCAGCAGCAGCAACAGCAGCAGCAGCAGCAACAAAAAGCAUAUGUAGAGAAUGCAGCAGCAACAGCAGUAAGCACCCCACACACGCCGCACCUGCAGCAAGAUCAGCAGCAGCAGCAGCAGCAGCAGCAACAGCAACAGCAGCAGCAGCAGCAGCAGCAACAGCAGCAGGCGCCGCAUCUGCAGCAAGAUCAUCAUCAGCAGCAGCAGCAGCAGCAACAGCAGCAGCAGCAACAGCAGCAGCAACAGAAACAGCAGCAGCAACAGCAGCAGCAGCAACAGCAGCAGCAGCAGCAGCAGCAGCAGCAGCAGCAGGACCUGUGCCCUGAGUUCUUCGUUUUCCAGCAGCAGCUGCUGCAGCAUGUCUUCUAUCCUUCUCUUCUCUGCUACCGCCCGCUGCAGCUCAGCAGCAACGAGCCGCAGCAGCAGCGGGCCCCAGGUGUGUUGCAUGCAGCACAGAGGCGGAGGACAAGCCGCCAGCGAAAUGCUGCUAUGGGGGGCCCAGCCUCUCGCACUGUACAUACACCGCAGCAGCAGCAGCAGCAGCAGCAGCAGCAGAACAUGCAGCAGCAGCAGCAGCAGCAGCAGCAAGCUCAGGAUUGUGCCUCAAGUGCAACAAGACAGAGCAGCAGCAACAGCAGCGCAGCAGCAAGCUCAGGAUUGUGCCUCAAGUGCAACAAGACAGAGCAGCAGCAACAGCAGCAAGCGCAGCAAAAGCAGCAAAUACAGCAGCAGCAGCAACUCGAGCAGCAGAAGCAGCAGCAAGUGCAGAAGCAAGUGCAGCAGCAGCAGCAGCAGCAGCAGCAGCAGCAGCAGCAGCAGCAGGAGGUUGCUGACGAGGUCUAG